AUGGACCAACAAGGCGAUGACCGCAAGAUGUCUCUAAAGGCUGAACAGCUUGAGGACAUAGUUGACGAGCCUCGUCAUACUGCUGUCUCAGCUGAGACCAAUGCUCGAAUCCGAUGGAUCUUCGACACGCGCCUUCUUCCGAUCGUAUGCUGUCUCUACGUCCUCUCCUACCUGGACCGCGGAAAUAUCGGCAACGCCAAAGCGGCUGGUGCCAAAGAUGACCUCGGGCUGAGUGACGCAGACUGGUCCUGGGUGCUCAACGCGUUCUACAUCUGCUAUGUCGCCUUCGAAUGGACCAAUCUGUUUUGGAAGAUCCUCCCUGCAAGCAAAUACGUUUCUGUUCUUUGUAUCCUCUGGGGUACUGCUGCAAUGGCCUCCGGAGCUGCGCAAAAGCUAGCGCAUAUCAUUGCCACAAGAUCCCUCCUCGGUGUUUUCGAGGCUGCAUUUGGUGCUGGCGCUCCAUAUUUCUUAUCCAUGUUCUACCGCCGCGAAGAACUUGGUUUCCGCGUCUCGCUACUGCUUGGAAUGGCCCCGUUGGCGAAUUGUUUCGCUUCUGCGUUGGCAUACGGCAUCACACAUAUUAAUGGAUCCCUGGAGCCAUGGAGGUAUCUCUUCAUUAUUGAGGGCGCCCCAACGGUUUUAUUCGCUGGUGUGACCUGGUUCUUCCUCGCCGACUCACCUGGAAGUGCCAAAUAUCUCUCAGAAGAAGAUGCGACCUUCGCUGUGGAGCGGCUCCAGGUCCAUGACCGCACCAAGAAAUCGGGCGUUCAAUGGAAGCAGAUCUUUGCCGGGAUGACAGACUAUCAGAAUUACGUGCACACCAUCAUCCAUUUCUGCUGCAACUAUUCCUUCGCCGGCCUGUCUAAUUUCCUGCCGACGAUUGUGGCCGACAUGGGGUUUUCUUCCGUCACCGCGCAAGGCCUGACUGCGCCGCCGUAUCUGGUGGCUUUCAUCUGCUGUGUGGCGGCUGCUGUGGUCAGUGAUCGGUUUGGGAAGAGAGGAUACAUUGUGAGCGGCUGCUCCCUCGUCGGCUUCGUUGGGUAUCUUAUUCUCGUCCUUGUCAAAGAUGAGUCCAAGAUUGCGCCGCGUUACUUGGGCACGUUCCUUGCGGCUUGCGGCGUCUUUCCUGCGCUCUGUAUCAACAUCACCUGGUUGCUCAACAAUCAGGGAGGCGACUCCAAGAAAGGCGCUGGGUUGGCGAUCCUGGCGACCUUCGGUCAAUGCUCAUCUUUUGUCAGCAGUGUCGUAUAUCCUAGUUCUGACGGACCGUUCUAUACUCGAGGCUCUACCAUCGGCUGCGUCCUCACUGGACUUAUUAGUAUGCUUUCAUUGGGCCUGCAUUUCGCGCUGGAAAGGGAGAAUAAGAGGAGGGAUCGCGAAUUCGGACCCGUUGACAGCCAAACGGCGAUUGAUGUUACGGAGCAGGGUGAUAAGCACAAGAACUUCCGUUAUUUGACUUAA